GUAAUAUGCAGCCUUCCGAAUUAUGACGCCGUCCAAUGAAAACAAAGGAUAAGACAGUGCGCACAUUUUCAAACUCAACUUUUGAAUCUAGCCAGAAAGCUAACGUUAUUCAUCGAGUGAAAGGUAUUUAGUUAGCCUCCGGGGAAAGGGACUUAUUUUUGUUUUAUAUAUACAAUGGCAGAGGAAUCUGCUGUCAAAGUCUGUGUACGGGUUCGACCUCUGAUAGAAAGGGAGGAAACUGCUGCAGAAAGCGCUGAGCCAGUCAAGUUUUAUUGGAAAGCGGAUAAGAAGACAAUUCAUCAGGUCGACGAUGGAAAUCUUACCAAGAACUUCAGCUUUGACCGUGUAUUUAGUGCUGAAGAAACAACUCUGCAGCUGUACCAGGAACUUGCAAAGCCUCUUGUUGUCUCCACUGUUGAAGGUUAUAAUGGAACAAUAUUUGCUUAUGGACAAACUUCAUCUGGAAAGACUUUCACUAUGAUGGGGAGUUCUCUUACUCCAGGAGUUAUACCCCUUGCCAUGGAGGAUGUCUUCCAGACGAUAAAAAAUUGUCCAAAAAAGGAGUUCCUCCUGAGGGUGUCAUACUUGGAGAUCUACAAUGAAACAGUGACAGAUUUGCUCUGUGACAGUUGGAAAAGGAAACCUCUAGAGAUCCGAGAGGGAAACAAUAAAAAUGUCUAUGUAGCUGACCUAACUGAGGAACUGGUGACAUCUCCUGAGCAAGCCCUUGCGUGGAUUAGAAAAGGAGAAAAGAAUCGCCAUUAUGGAAAGACAAAAAUGAACCAGCGAAGCAGUCGUUCGCACACAAUUUUCCGCAUGAUCUUGGAGAGUCGUGACAGGGGUGACUCUGCAUCUGGUGAAAAUUCAGACUGCGCCAUUAUUGUGUCCCAUUUGAAUUUGGUUGACCUGGCUGGGACUGAGCGAGCAAGUCAAACAGGUGCUGAAGGUACACGUUUCAAAGAAGGAUGUAAUAUAAAUCGCAGCCUGUUCACCCUCGGUCAAGUGAUCAAGAAACUGUCUGAUGAAACCCAGAAGGGUUUCACUAACUACAGGGACAGUAAACUCACCCGCAUUCUCCAAAAUUCCUUGGGUGGAAAUGCAAAAACUGUCAUCAUCUGCACCAUCACCCCAGUUACUCUGGAAGAAACACUUAGCACUCUUCAAUUUGCUAGUGCAGCAAAGAACAUGAAGAAUGACCCGCAUGUCACAGAGGUUUCUGAUGACGGAGCCCUUCUGAGAAGAUACAGAAAUGAAAUUGUAGAACUCAAGCGCAGACUUUUGGAGGUCUCAUCAGUCACUCAAACAACUGCGACAGAGAAGGAGACUCUGUCCCAGAUUUUGCAAGAGAAGGAUCAGCUCCAAAGAGAACAAGAAGACCGGUAUAAGAAUUUAACCAAACUUCUAGUCACUUCGGCAAACUUCGUUACCAUCAAAAAGAUGCCGAAACGCAGGGUUACGUGGGGUGGAAAACUGCCAUCACCAGCCUUCCACCAUGCUGGAGAGUCAGAUCUAAGCUUUGCUGAGCCUUUUCUCAAAAAGAGAAAAGCUGAUAUGUCUGUCUUGACAGAGCAGAAUGAAGAUGGCGAGGAGUUCGAUUCUACCUUUGACAUGGAGAUGAACCAGAGCAAUCUGACCGUGCGGGGUUUUGCAGAAAGUGAAUUUUUAUCUCCAAACCAACUGAACAAAUUGUCUGAGAAGGUGUCCUGUCUGGAGCUCCAGCUGGAAAAUGAGACUCAGCAGAAGCAGGAGGCCAUGGAGGAAGUGGAGACAUUUCAGAGGCGGGUUGUGGAACUGGAGAAGCAGCUAGAAGAAAAGUCACUAAUGCCUGCUGAUGCACAGUUGGACAAUGAGACUCAGCAGAACCAGGAAGCCAUGGAGAAGGUGGCUACUUUCGAGAUGAGGGUUGCUGAACUGGAGAAGCAGCUAGAAAAUUCUCAAAUGCCUGCUGAUGCACAGGAGCAGAUGAAAAGGGGAUUUGAAGAGACCAUUCAACUCUGUGAGACGUUGGUGUCUGAGAAGGAAAUGGUUGCUACUGAGCGUGAUUAUCUCAAGAAGGAGCUCAACAUCAUAAUGGAACAGACUGAAAAGUUGAAAAAAGAAAAGGCUGUACUUCUUCAGGAGAUGGAGGAGAAGAAAGAGAUAGAUGAAUUCAAUUCUUUGGAAGAGGAGAGCAAAAGAGAAUAUGAGAAAGAACUACUGAAUGACAUUUCCUCCUUAAAGAAGGCCAUGGAGGCCUCGGGACGCAAAUCUCAAGAGCUUGAGGCUAAUCUGGUGGCAAUGUCCGAGGAGCUGAAAAAGAAAGGCGACUGGGCAGAGGAACUACAAAGAUCGAGUGACGUUGACUUGGUCCAACAAGUGAAGCAGCUGCGACGCUCUCUGGAUGAUGCUGAGGGGUUGAGCCGUGACACUAAGAAGGAGUGGGCCCACCUGCGCAGUGAAAAUAUAUCACUCAAACAGAGGGCUGUCACACUAACUGCUGGCUAUGAGAGGAUGGAAGCUCAGGUGAAUGGCCUUCGACAUCAGUUGGAGACAGAAAAAUCGAGCUUCAAAAAGAUGCAAGUUGACCUUCAGAGGGAGUUACAGGGAGCCUUUGAGGAGAACACCAAGCUUACUACUCUUCUGGAUGGAAAAGUUCCCAAAAAUCUUAUAGACAGCAUUGAACUUGAGAAAACAGUUGCUGACCUGAAGAAAGAGCUGGAGAAGUCUCAUGAAGAUGAGCGAACCCUACAAGCUAAGAUCGAGGAUUUGAGUGCACUGCAGGAUCUUCCAGAUAAAGUCAACAGUUUUAUGAAGCAGGUAUGUGAUCUCACGGAGGACCUCUGUGCAGUCCAAAAAGAGAGAGACAUGCUGGUGUCUGCUAAGGCCUGCAGUGAGGAGGAAGCUCAUCAAUUCAGAGAACAUGUCCAGAGCUCCCAGGAGCAGCUAGUCAAACUUCAAGGUGAUCUGAGCAAAGCAGAGUUGAGGGAAAACGACCUAACCCAGCAGUGCACCGACAUCACUGAGCAACUGGAGACUCUCCGUAAGGACUUGGCGCGCUCCUCUCUGGAGAACAGUCAGCUUCUGACUACUGUGGAAGAGUCCAGCCUGAGACUGAAGGAGAAUGAACAGUAUCGCGCAUCAAUUGAAGAUCAAUUGUGUGGAAUGCAACAAGUCAUGAAAGAGUUGGAGGAGAAGCUUGCUGACUGUGAAUCAUCCAAGGAAAAAUAUGACCAUUUAUCCCAGGAACACCAAGAUCAGAUAAGGCAGCUGAGUGAGGAGGUGAUACAGGUCCAGGCAGAACUAAAACGGCAACAGCAUCUGAACUCAGAACAGCAGUCAUGUGCCCAACAAGAUGAUCAACAUCAGCUACAAAUACAGGAACUACGAGCUGCAUUGGAGACCAUGACAGAGGAAAGGAGCCAGUUGAACAGUGACUUGCAGCAAAAUAUGGAAAUGGUUGCAGAGACUCAGGGACUUCUCCAUUCCAUCCAAGAGGAGCUCAGACAACAGAAACAAGUGAACUCUGACCUUGAGAGCCAAAGUUUACAGAAGGAGUCUCUUCUAGAACAGCAGAUGAGGCAGCUGAGUGAUGCACUUGAGUCUGGGCAAGCUGAGAGAGAGCGUCUCCUGUCUGAGAAGACAGACAGCUCUCAGAAUCAUGCAGAGGAGUUGGAGAAGCUGCGCUCUACUGUGACAUCACUGACUGAAGAGAGAGACCAGCUCCAGGAGAUACUGGAGGGAAUCCGAGAGGAGAGGAACCAGCUCCAGGAGAUACUGGAGGGAAUCCGGGAGGAGAGGAACCAGCUCAAGAGAGACCUGGAGAAGAAUAUGGACAUGAUGAUUGAAAAUCAGGAGGAACUACGGGUGGCACUUGAAAAGAUAUACCAUCAAGAGGAAAAUAUGAAGCCUACGAAGACUGCAAAUCUAGAGGAGCUGCAAAGUCAGAUGAAGCAACUGAAUGAGGAGCUUGAGUCUGUGCGAACUGAGAGAGAGUGUCUCCUGUUUGAGAAGACCAAUAGCCUUCCGAAUCAUGCAGAGGAGUUGGGGAAGCUGCUCUCUACUGUGACCUCACUGACUGGAGAGAGAGACCAGCUCCAGGAGAUACUGGAGGGAGUCAGAGAGGAGAGGAACCAGCUCAAGAGAGAACUGGAGGACAAUGUGGAGAUGCAACAUCUGAACUCAGUACACCAGCCCCAUAGAGAACAUCAGGAGACUGACCUACGUUUGCAGAUGCAACUAGAGGCAGUGAAGGAGUUAGAGGAGCGACUGGAAGCUGUUAAAGAGGAGCGGAGCCAGCUGAAGACUGACCUUCAGGACAAUGUAGACAUGAUGAUUGAGAAUCAAGAGGAACUAAGGGAGGCUCAAGAGAAGAUCAAAUCGCUACAGGGGAAAAUCCAACGACUUCAGACUCAGAAUGCAGAUGUUGAGACAAGAUUGAACAACAGAAAUGUUCCAGAGAAUACGUCCUGUCUAGGAGAGCUGCAAAACCAGAUAAGGCAGCUGAAUGAGGAGCUCAAGUCUGUGCGAGCUGAGAGAGAGCGUCUCCUGUCUGAGAAGACAGACGGCUCUCGGAAUCAUGCAGGGGAGUUGGAGAAGCUGCUCUCUACUGUGACCUCGCUGACUGAAGAGAGAGACCAGCUCCAGGAGAUACUGGAGGGAAUCCGAGAGGAGAGGAACCAGCUCAAGAGAGACCUGGAGGACAAAGUGGAGAUGAUCAUACAAGUACAUACAGAACCUAAACAUCAGCAACAUCUGAACUCAGAGCAACAGACUGAGAGGGAACAUCAAGAAGCUCAACUUCAGCAGCAACUACAGCAGCUAGGAGAGGAACUGGAAACCAUGACACAGGAGCGGUGUCAGUUGAAGGGUGACCUGCAGGAAAAUCUGGAGAUGGCUGCAGAGACUCAGGGACUUCUCCAUUCCAUCCAAGAGGAGCUCAGACAACAGAGACAAGUGAACUCUGACCUUGAGAGCCAAAGUUUACAGAAGGAGUCUCUUCUAGAACAGCAGGCUAAGCAGCUGAAUGAGGAGCUUGAGUCUGUGCGAGCAGAGAGAGAGCGUCUCCUGUCUGAGAAGACAGACAGCUCUCAGAAUCAUGCAGAGGAGUUGGAGAAGCUGCUCUCUACUGUGACCUCACUGACUGGAGAGAGAGACCAGCUCCAGGAGAUACUGGUGGGAAUCCUGGAGGAGAGGAACCAGCUCAAGAGAGACCUGGAGGAGAAUGUGAAGAUGAUUGAAAACCAGGAGGAACUACGGGAGGCACUUAAAAAUAUGAAACCUAUGGCGACUGCAAAUCUAGAGGAGCUGCAAAGUCAGAUGAAGCAGCUGAAUGAGGAGCUUGAGUCUGUGCGAGCAGAGAGAGAGCGUCUCCUGUCUGAGAAGACAGACAGCUCUCAGAAUCAUGCAGAGGAGUUGGAGAAGCUGCGCUCUACUGUGACCUCACUGACUGGAGAGAGAGACCAGCUCCAGGAGAUACUGGAGGGAGUCAGAGAGGAGAGGAACCAGCACAAGAGAGACCUGGAGGGCAAGGUGGAGAUGUCCAUCAAAGUCCAGGAGGAGUUGAAACAGCAGCAACAUCUGAACUCAGAGCAACAGACUGAGAGGGAACAUCAAGAAGCUCAACUUAAGCAACAACUACAGCAGCUAGGAGAGGAACUGGAAACCAUGACACAGGAGCGGUGUCAGUUGAAGGGUGACCUGCAGGAAAAUCUGGAGAUGGCUGCAGAGACUCAGGGACUUCUCCAUUCCAUCCAAGAGGAGCUCAGACAACAGAGACAAGUGAACUCUGACCUUGAGAGCCAAAGUUUACAGAAGGAGUCUCUUCUAGAACAGCAGGCUAAGCAGCUGAAUGAGGAGCUUGAGUCUGUGCGAGCAGAGAGAGAGCGUCUCCUGUCUGAGAAGACAGACAGCUCUCAGAAUCAUGCAGAGGAGUUGGAGAAGCUGCUCUCUACUGUGACCUCACUGACUGGAGAGAGAGACCAGCUCCAGGAGAUACUGGAGGGAGUCAGAGAGGAGAGGAACCAGCACAAGAGAGACCUGGAGGACAAUGUGGAGAUGUCCAUCAAAGUCCAGGAGGAGUUGAAACAGCAGCAACAUCUGAACUCAGAGCAACAGACUGAGAGGGAACAUCAAGAAGCUCAACUUAAGCAACAACUACAGCAGCUAGGAGAGGAACUGGAAACCAUGACACAGGAGCAGUGUCAGUUGAAGGGUGACCUGCAGGAAAAUCUGGAGAUGGCUGCAGAGACUCAGGGACUUCUCCAUUCCAUCCAAGAGGAGCUCAGACAACAGAGACAAGUGAACUCUGACCUUGAGAGCCAAAGUUUACAGAAGGAGUCUCUUCUAGAACAGCAGAUAAAGGCUAAGCAGCUGAAUGAGGAGCUUGAGUCUGUGCGAGCUGAGAGAGAGCGUCUCCUGUCUGAGAAGACAGACAGCUCUCAGAAUCAUGCAGAGGAGUUGGAGAAGCUGCGCUCUACUGUGACCUCGCUGACUGGAGAGAGAGACCAGCUCCAGGAGAUACUGGAGGGAACCCGAGAGGAGAGGAACCAGCUCAAGAGAGACCUGGAGGGCAAGGUGGAGAUGAUGCAGCAGCUAGAGGAAGAAGGCACACACAUGAGAGAUGAGAGGGCCCAGAUUCAGGGAGACCUGCAGGAAAAUAUGGAGAUGGUCAUACAAGUCCAGAGGACAUUAGAACAGCAGCAACGUCUGAACUCACAACAGCAGGCUGAGCACGAACAACACGAGGACAAACUUAAACAACAAAUUAAGCAGCUGGAGGAGGAAUGUAAAGGUUUCAAAGAAGGACAGUUUCACUUCAAAGUCGAAGCAGACACCUCACACAAGAUGCUUAGUGACGCGAACGCAACCAUCUCCAUAUUGACAGAGCAGAUCAAUAACCUGGAGCAGAGCACCAGCUGUUGUACCACCAGUGCAGGAGAGGGACUGUGUUCCAGGCUGGAAGGUUCAAUGCAGAAGCUCCAGGUGUCACUGGUGAGGCUCCAGCUUGUUAUCAAUGGUGCUUCUAAGCCUGGACAUGGGCCCUUGGUUGAUGUCACACAAGUUGAAGAAGUCAUGAUGCUGAAACUGUUGCCCCUUCUUCCAAAGCCCACACAAAAGAUCUAUAGCAAUAUCAAUAGAUCUACUGUCCAGAUCACUAACACAGUGUGGGAUACAAAGGUGCUGCUGAAGCUGUGUGCCAAGGAUUACAAAACCCACAUUGAAGCCCUGGUUCAGAAUGACUUGGCUGUAUUUGAGGAGAGGAGACUCCAGGACCUGCUCCUCUGUAGAGCCCAGGCACCCAGUCACUCAGUCAAGGUGGUUGAGAAUGACCUCCUUGGAGUCUGGGACGAGAGACUGUCAGAGCUGUUGGACAGGAGAGAAGGUUACCUCCAGAAAAUGAACAGUGUUUUGAAGAAGCUUGAGGAGAGCCUGGCCGCUCACCCAGCAGCAGUGUCAGAGGAGCUGAGGGCGCGAGAGAGGAGCAACGAGGAGCUGAAUGCUCUAUGCAUGGUCCACUCACCGGACUCAGCAGCAGUGGAGAAUUUCCUGGAGCGAGAGCUGGCCCGGCGCUCUGCUUUGGCACAGGCCAACACACUGGCUCUCCAGGGAUUGCGAGAUGAGCGCUGUGGUUUGCUCAAAGAGCUAGGCGUGGUCCGAGCACAGGCUGACAGUCAGCUGAAAGAAGAGAGGAGUAAGACCUCUACUCUACUGCAGAUACUGGAGCGUGCCUCCGUCAAGACUGAAGCUGACCUGCUGAGGGACAACCAGCAACUUACCCUGAAACGUCAGCAGUUGGAUGGAGAAAUCAAGGAAAUGCAGAUGAGAGUUGAUCAGCUGGAAGAGGACCAGAUCAAAGCUGCUAAUAGUGUCUCAAACCACAAACAAGCCACCCAGCUACUACAAACUGAGCUUCAGGAUGCUUGUGCACAAGUCAAGGACAGGGAGGGCUCCAUUCAAGUCCUAAAAGAGAAACUCAGAGAGACUGAAGUUCUGGCUAAGAGAAGAGCAUCACCUAGUGCUCUUCAGCAUGAAGAGCUGAAAGCUAAAGUUUUGAAAAUGGAGUUGGAGAUGACUGCAUCGUCCUCUAAACACCAAGAAGAGUUACUGAGGAUGACGACGGUCCUGAACCACAAGGAGGACGCUCUGAGGACGCUGAAGGAGACUCUGAGAAGAUCACAACAGGAGGAAGCAGAGUCAUUCAAUGAGGGACAGGAUCUGCAUGCCAGACUGAUAACCGCCAGAGGACGCACGGUCCAAAGCAACAUUCUCCUUGAAAAGAACAAACUUGAGGAGGAACUGAAAAGGCUACAGAGCAAAAUUUCAGAAUUGGAGAGCCUUGUGUCCACUCAGCAAGGAGAGAUCACAAAGUGGAAGGCUAGAGCAAUUAAACUGAAGGAGAAGAAGAGGGACGUAGUAGACAAGCCUCUGUCUCCAUGUACUCCUACAAAACACCGCCUUCCCAUGAAUUCUGAGCAGUUCCUCAACUCUCCCAAGAGGUUCCUCGACUCUCCCAAGAAGUUCCUCGACUCUCCCAAGAAGUUCCUCGACUCUCCCAAGAAGUUCCUCGACUCUCCCAAGAAGUUCCUCGACUCUCCCAAGAGCAAGUUCUUCGAUGUCCGUCCAGGCUCUGAAUCCAUGUCGAUCAACUGUCCCAAGCAGUUUUUUGAUAACUCCAACCUUGGAACCAUUCAAGAGGUUGCAGGUAUUCCCAUAUCAGAAAUUGAGGCUGCUGGAAGUGCAGAAGAGGAUGCAAGCGCAAGCGUGGAUAAAAAGGACGAAUUUUGGCCUCUGUCACCAAAGCAAUCUGAUGUAUGCAAACAACAGUAAAUGUUUUACCUAAUUGUACUAAUCAUUGUCUAUUUUUCAACGUUGGAAAUAUUUUCAAUGUUUUUAAUUGUAUUUGUCAGUCAAUUUUAGCUUUGAUCCAUUUGAUUACAUGUUUUAUUGUUUAAAAUAAAGAGCUGUUUCUUGAAUAAGA